AUGGAAAACAGCAGAAGCUUGAAAGAAAGAAAAGAGGAUUUUGUAUCAGGUUUGACUGGGAGUUCAAUUGAGGAGGUUUACCUCGUCACAUUGGUUUCGUUAGUAACGUACAUUGCUUACUACCUUAUAAUUGUCCAUGAAAGAAAACGAGUUAAUAGUAUUAUAUUUUCAAUUGAAUUUAUAUUAUUUUGGUUUGGAUUGUUGUUGUCCAUUACUUUAUACUCCGAUAUUCCAGUAAAAUUGAUAUUUUCGAUUUUAGUGCCUUCAGUUACUUUGGCAUUGUUUUCAAAUAAAAAGACCUUGAAAGGCAAUAAGAUUAAGAGUAGAAAAGGCCAUGAUAAGAAUAGGUCCCACAAAAUUAAUUUCGGUAAUUUAUCAAUUAAUGAUUACAUGUCCAAAAAGAACUAUAUCACGAUUUAUCGAUCAAACAUGAUGAUAAUCACUUGUCUUGCAAUUUUGGCAGUUGAUUUCAAAGUUUUCCCCAGAAGAUUUGCUAAGGUUGAAACGUGGGGAUCUUCUUUGAUGGAUUUAGGAGUUGGUUCAUUUGUAUUUUCUAUGGGUUUAGUGAGCAUUCGAACUAAAUUGAAAGCUCGUUUUAAUGAAAAUGGAAGCUCGCAAAAAGAAAAAAAAACAGUUUACUCUAAAUUUUUGAAAUUUUUGAAAAAAUUAAGAAAAAGUUUACUAAGCUCAUUAGUAAUUUUAAUAAUUGGUUUGCUAAGAUUAUAUUUUGUCAAAAAUUUAGAUUAUCAGGAGCACGCAUCAGAGUAUGGAACACAUUGGAAUUUUUUUAUGACAUUGGGGUUAUUGGAUCCAGUUGUGUUGAUACUUGACUCUAUUUUUCCAUUCGAAGUUCCUGUAUUUGUUACUGGGUUAGUGGUUUCAAUAAUCUACGAAAUUUUACUAAAUAAAAACGGAUUGUUGGAGUUUAUUUUACUACAUCCAAGAGAUAAUUUGAUCACUUCUAAUAAAGAAGGAAUUUUUUCGUUUAUUGGGUAUUUAUCGAUUUUUUUGACAGGUCAAUCAGUUGGAAGUAUUCUACUACCAAACUUCAAAACGCGAUUGAAUGUUUUUAGGAUUUCUACUAAAAAGGAGAUUAUUAAUUUCUAUUCAUCAUCCGUCGUUGUCACUGGAAAGGAUAAAAAGAGCUACAAAAACAAAGUGCACCAAUUCUUCACUGUUUCUGCAACACAAGGAUUGUUUUAUUUUGCCAUUUUCUACAAUGUGUUGUUUUAUCUGCUCUACCAUUAUACAAACUUGAACAUAUCCCGGAGAAUCGCAAAUUUGCUAUAUGUGCUAUGGGUUGUCAGCUAUAACCUCAAUUUCCUAUUGGGAUUUAAAUUUAUCAGCAAGUGUUUCGAUGCCAAAAUCGCAGAAGACACUGAAAUGCGCAAUGGCUCUGGCACAGAAGAGUAUACAAACGUCCCCUAUCUCAUCGAGGCCAUCAAUGCAAAUGGGUUGUUGGUGUUCCUCGUAGCCAAUGUCUCCACUGGGGUGAUAAACAUGGCCAUGGACACUUUGGACAUGUCGCAGACCUCAUCAGUCGCAGUGUUGGUGGCCUAUGCCUUCGCCUUGGCCUUGUUUUCUGCCCUUCUUCACUACAAAGGCAUCUACAUCAAGUUGUAG